AUGGCUGUUGCUCACCAUAACCCCAUUAUCCCAGGAUUUGCUCCCGAUCCUUCCAUCUGCCUGAUCGAUGGCACAUUCUAUCUGGUGAACUCGAGCUUCCAUCUCUAUCCGGGGCUGCCCAUUUAUAUGUCAAAUGACCUGGUCUCAUGGAAACAUAUUGGAAAUGCCAUAAACAGACCAUCCCAACUGUCACUAGCCCGAGCGACCACAUUUAUUGCCCCGUGGGACGAUGGCACAGCAAUGGUUGGAACUGGCGGCCUGUACGCGCCCACAAUUCGGCACCACAACGGCAUCACCUACAUCAUCUGUACCAACGUCAUCCACGGCCCUUCCAAUCUACUAGGCGAUGAGCGAAAUGAACAAUUUAUCAUUCACACAACUGAUAUUCGCUCGGGGAUUUGGUCGGACCCAGUAGUAUUCGGAUUUCCUGGGAUUGACCCGUCUCUGCUGUUUGACGACGAUGGCCGGGUGUAUGUCCAAUUGUGCAAAACGGGGCCUGAGUUCCAGAUCUACAACAUCGAAGUUGAUAUCACAACUGGGACUAUGAUUGUAGAGCCCACUCUCAUCUGGAAGGGAUGGAAGAAAGGAUAUACAGAGGGACCACAUAUAUACAAAAAGGAUGGAUGGUACUACCUUUUAUGUGCUGAAGGGGGCACAUUUCGAUACCACAAGCUGAGCAUGGCGCGAUCAAGGAACAUAUGGGGUCCAUAUGAGUCCUAUAACAUGAACCCGUUGUACACAGCUAGCGGCACCACUCGAUAUGUCCAAAACACUGGACACGGCGAUCUUUUCCAAGAUCAAAACGGGCAAUGGUGGGUGGUCAUGCUGGGGAUUCGCAUCAAAGAGGGACGAUCUAUCAUGGGACGGGAGACAUUCUUGACAGCGGUUGAUUGGCCUUACGACGGGUGGCCCACGAUUGAGUCUAUCACAUGCGAUGGGAAUUUGGGGGUAAACUUCAAGGAGUGUCAAGACUCACUUGCUGCUGCCCCUUGGGUCUACUUGAGAGAUGCCAAACUAGAUCGAUACCAUAUCCAGGACAGGCACAUCAAACUACAGGCAGACCCAGUGGAGUUUACCAGCCCGGAUGAGUCAAUUACUUUUGUUGGCCAGCGACAACGAAGACUUGAAGGCACCGCCACUGUCACUGUGUACAAGCCACAGCCUUCCACAUCGGUUCGAGCAGGAUUGGCUCUCUACAAAGACGAGCACCGAUUCUUAACAAUUGAAUACAACUUCCACAUGCAGCAAGUCAUUUUCAACGGACUGAAUCAAGCGAAGUCAUUCUCGCAAAGUGAGACCCGAAGUGUGGAAUUCCAAGAUUUCAUGUCUUUCAGAAUUAGCUACACUGAGACUUCCCUGCAAUUCUUCUUCCGGGUAGAUGAAGCAGAUUGGCGUGAUUUGGCGACAGUUGAUACCGCCCUCCUGACGGAUUACGACUUCACUGGCCCGGUCAUUGGGAUUUUUGCCAUUGGGGAUGAUAUCGCGGUGGAGUUUGGAGACUUUGAAGUUGAUGCUGUGUAG